UCGUCAACCCCACCAUGAGUGAGUGAUCGCAUCAACAAUACGUCUAACACAGCAACCGUCUCUUCUGUACUGCGUAUCCAUUCAACCGCAAUGUCUGAUAGCGAUGAUGAGCCCAUAACGCUCUCGAGUCACGCGCUGGCUGCGCUGGCCGAGUUCGAAGCUGAAAAGGACGCCAGCCAACAGAAGUUUGAGAAGCUCAGGACCGGCAUCACGGCCGGGGGCCCUACAGCGCAGGUCAUCAGUGGCGAUGAACCGUUGUCCAUCUCAGCCUUUGCCGAGGACUGGAACGAAUCGCAGUUUUGGUACUCGGACGAAUCGGCGAACGUCCUGGCUGAACAGCUCCUCGGUGGCGCCUCAUCCUCGACGACAAUCGGCGUCCUCUCUACCCCGAGCGCCUUCGUUGCUCUCAAGAACAUUGUGAGAAAGCAACCCGUCAAAGACCGGCCUAAGCUGGUGUUGUUUGAGCACGACGAUCGCUUCAACGUCUUCCCCGAGUUUGUCUUUUAUGACUACCAGCAACCCCUCAAGCUCCCAGCUGAGCUCAAGGGGACUCUGGAUUGUGUCAUCAUCGACCCGCCCUUCUUUAACAAUGACUGCCAGACUAAAUUCGCCCUCACCGCUAGGUGGCUUCUCAAGCCAUCCUCGAUACCUCGCAUCAUCGUCUGUACCGGCGAAAGAAUGGCUGAUAUCGUCGUGAAGCUCUAUCGCUCGUUCGACGUUCGCCCAACCACCUUUGAGCCCGCCCACUCGGGUACCCUCAGCAAUCAUUACUAUUGCUAUGCCAACUUCGAAUGUCCUAGCUGGACAUGGCGACCGGAGACAGACCAGACCGCCCACAAGUCUUGAACGAGAUCUGGAUGGGCUCUCUAUACACUUUGCCCUGCAGCAUAGUAGUCCUCGUCUCCUACCGAAGCUCUUGAACCGACAAGCCCUUGGGAAGCCAGAAAGCUGCUAAACCAACACGGGCUAAUUGCCAUCUAUACGAGCCCAGAGGCCAUGCGCACCCUUUGCGCUCGAAUCUGAUAUAAGUCUUCGUUGAUUCCCCACAGAGGUAUUCAAUUCCAAACUAUGCGCCGAGCUAUGCAUCCCCAGUCCAGGUGUCUGUGUCUUUGCUCUCCCAGAGUGUAUUUUGUCUUGAAUAUCCGUUGACGCCGGUCUAGUGCCUCUUCCCAACCUUCCCUUCGUAGGUAUCCCUUCCUCCAACCACCUGUAGGCCGCCCUCUACCUCUACAAGUCUUAGCCUCAAGCUAGGGAACGGAUGAUGUAGAAUAACAGGUAUGCUUGCGCCCCGAGGACCUCCG